UAAAACGUGUGUGGGCGUUCCCCUCCGGAGCAGAAGGUGGCAAUAUUGCGUCUUUAGGCUAGAUGUAAUUUCCGGUUGCACAGGAAGAAGACCGGGGGUGCAGAAAGUGUGGCUUCUGUCUACAUCUGAAGAGAUUCCAACAUGGAUAUUCGACCAAAUCACACAGUCUACAUCAACAACAUCAAUGAUAAAGUCAAGAAAGAAGAGCUAAAGCGUUCGCUCUACGCACUCUUCUCUCAGUUCGGUCAGAUCAUCGACCUCGUGGCCAUGAAGACGAUGAAGAUGAGGGGCCAGGCCUUCGUGGUGUUCAAAGAGCUCACAGCCGCCACCAACGCUCUGAGGCAGCUGCAGGGUUUCCCCUUCUACAACAAGCCCAUGAGGAUACAGUAUGCUAAGACCGACUCUGAGGUCAUCUCCAAGAUGAAGGGAACGUUUGGUGACAAGGAGAAGAAGAAGGAGAAAAAGAAGAAGGCCCAGGAGGCAGCAGCAGCAGCCAACGCCACUAAGAAACCAGCAGCAGCACUGGCUACACCUGCGCAGACACCUGCAGUCCAGGUUCCAGACAACCCACCAAACCACAUCCUGUUCCUCAAUAACCUCCCUGAGGAGACCAAUGAGAUGAUGCUGUCCAUGCUCUUCAACCAGUUUCCUGGUUUCAAAGAAGUCCGAUUGGUUCCGGGCAAACACGACAUCGCCUUCGUGGAGUUUGAGAGCGACACUCAGGCGGGCGUGGCCAAAGAUGCUCUGCAGGGCUUUAGGAUCACAGCCACCUGCGCUAUGAAGAUCACCUACGCCAAGAAGUAGCUCCUGCUCGGAUGAGCGGAGGCUGAUCAGAGACUGGGGGGGGGGGUAGUUUGUAAAAUUUAUUAGUUUCUUUUUUUUUUUUUUAUCACUGAUGGAGUCGAGAGGAGAGACCUCUGGAUUUUUGUAAAAUAAAGAAUUAAACGACA